UGCAGGCUAGAAGCUACAUAGCCUUUCACUUGUAUAUAAGCGCCCUGCACAGGAGACUAAACUAACACAUUUACGUAACGACAAGCGCAGAAAUUCGCGCUCAACUUGGAGGAUUGCAAAACUUGUACUGUUGUACAAGACUUGCAAAAGUGUAUGAUGGGAAUGAUCAAGGCUCAAGGAGGUUUACAUGAAGUAUUAGUUUUUGUUCCAAUAUGGCGGGCUAUUCAAUGGACAACUCGCGAGUUAAGGUAUAAAAAACAAUUGGAUUUUUUAAUUAGAAAUGGCUUAAAACACGAAGACCAUUAAGAUUUCUUGUUUUGGCAGGGCACAGUGAUUACAAAGCCGGUAAUAUUUGGCAAUAAAUCGUCAUAUUUUGGCAAGAAAAGAGAAUCAGAUGGGCACACACAUUCAUGGACUUGCUAUUUCAAAUCUUUUAAUAACGAGGUAAAGCUUGUCAUUUGUAACUGCUAUCAAAAAGUGGGGAUUAGUUUACAUCUUGGUUCACAUCUCUUUGCAGGAUGUGUCUUCUUAUAUCAAGAAAGUGCAAUUUAAAUUGCAUGAAAGUUAUGCAAACCCAACCAGAGGUACGUACUAUGAUCAACAGAUCAAAAAUCCCCCCUCAAAAAAAAAUUUGCACCUCCCCCCAGAAAUGUAAAUGUUUAUUAGAUUAAAGUAGUAAUACUAUAAGUAUGAUUGAAAUAAGGAUUUUGAACUAAAUAAGACUAAAGACAAGGAUUUCAAACUAAAUAAGACCAAGGGGCUUUGCCUCCCUUACCCCCAACCCUGUCCUCACUAUCAACCAUUUGGAUGUUAUAAUUCUCACCUGGCUUACAUUAAACUUUAUUUUUAAACAAUUUUCUAGUCUUGUCGAAACCACCAUAUGAAGUGAACGAAACAGGAUGGGGAGAAUUUGAAAUACAAAUUAAAGUUUAUUUUAUGGAUCCUGUUGAAAGACCAGUAAGAAAUAUGAAGUUUUUGUAGUACAAAAGUUUUAUUUGAUUUCAUUGACAAUUUAAUCAAUUUUUUUUCUAAGGUGACAUUGUAUCAUUUACUGAAACUUUUUCAAACAGAAGCUGCAUUAGCAUCGGGAAAAAAGAACUUAGUUUCAGAAUAUUAUGAUGAAAUUGUAAGUGGAAGAAGUAAGAUUUAGGUCAGAUUUAAAAAAGACAUUGUGGAUUAAACUUUACUUUAUAGUAAUGUCAAGUAUCUGUCAAGAGGUUCAUGAAAGUUGAGUACUUGAUGCCACAAGGAUAAAUAAUAUUUGUCUUUUAGAUAUUUCAAGACCCAACACAGAUGAUGCAUCAAUGUCUUUUGAGUGCCAGACAACUUCCUUUUAGCAAGCAAGACACAGAUUGUAAGUCCAGGAUAAAGUCAGAACAGUAAUUUUUGAAUUUUAAAUUUGGCAAAUUUAAUACACCUGGAUUUUUGUUCACUCCUUAGGGGCUGAAAAAGAGAGACGGACACUGGAAUCCAUUGCAAAUGCUCGUCAGAAAAUUGAUCAUGAAAUCGGUAAACUAAAGGAACAUUUAAAAGCCAGUAAAGAAGCUAUUCAACAUUUUCAAAAAGAAAUUCAAAAAGUAGAGAAAGAGCAGGAUGAUCCAACACCAUCUACAACAAGUACAGCCAGUACAACGUGAAUGAACCAAGAUAACUUAUGUUGUGGUAGAUCACAGAGUGUGGUGGAAAGUAAUGCUUUAGUUAGGUCAUAUUGAUGCCAUCAAAGUUUAUGGUCCAUGUUUAUAAAACCAAAAGUAGCAUAUUAUGUUUUUCAUCAAUAAAUUAUACUGUACAGUCAUCUGGGAAAACUGUGAAGUUUCUAUAGUCAGGAGUUGCUGAGUCAUUUAGAGAGUCUGAAUAACCUGGUGUUUUUUCUAUUUACUAUUUUUUUUAUUGUAUGCAUGUUGAACAGGUUUUUAUGAUGGAUAAUACCUUUCAGCAUUCCAUUUCAUUGAGUGAAAAUAUUUACUCUUAGAUAUUCAGGUCAUCAUCUGGGUCUUCUUCAUCCAUAUCAUCUGCUUCAUCAGCUUCAUAAAAUAUUUGGCUUUUCUUUCCUAAAUCUAACUGAGUUUGUCUGGUUUUAUCAUCUAGUAAAUAAGGAAGCUGUAGUUGUGCCCGUGCUUGCUUUUGUGCCUCUGUCAAGGUUAGAUUGAAUGUCAAAUUUGAUGUGAUGUCCUCCUGUGAGUAAAAAGAAUAACAUGAAUGUCAGGUCCCUGUUUAGGUAGCAAUAGACAAUAUUCAUAACUAUUAAGAUUGGUUGAAUGAUUAAACUACCUGAAAAUAUUUUGAGCAAAGACUUAACUGGC